GGUUGCAGGUCCAGAAGUGAGGUGGCUCUUCUGCCUUAGAUGGUAUCGCAUGAAGUGGAAAGUUACAUGUUAGAAGUCAGCAUAUGGUAGAAAACUGUGCUAAGAAUGAAUGGGGCCGCAUACUCAAAUUUUGAUAAUCAGGAACAUGUUCUCAAAUUAGGUGAAACGUUUGAGAAACAAUCAAAGAGUGCAUUCCACACGGUACGAUAUGACUUCAAACCAGCUUCCAUUGAUACUACAUGUGAAGGAGAUCUUGAAGUGGGCAAGGGUGAACAAGUCACGAUAACAUUGCCCAACUUAGAGGGGUCCACUGCUCCAGUCACAGUGUUCAAAGGGUCCAAGAGGCCUUACAUGAAGGAAUGCAUCCUAAUUGUAAACCAUGACACAGGAGAGUAUCGCCUCGAGAAACUCAGCAGCAACAUUGCGGUCAAGAAGACGAGGGCUGAGGGAAGCAGUAAGAUCCAGUCCCGCCUGGAGCAACAGACCAGCAGGUUAAGCCAGCAGAUGAAAAGUGGCAGCAGUAGCAAGACCCCAUUCAACUCUAAGAGCUCCCCUCCCAAAGAAAAGCUCUCUCCAGGAUCCCCCAUGGAUGACAUUGAGAGAGAGCUUAUGGCUGAGGCAAGAGUCAUGGAUCAGAUGAGCAGCGGCGACAGUUCCUCAGACUCCCAGAGUUCAUCAUCCUCCAGCAGCGAGGACAGCUCCAGCAGCAGUGACUCAGAGGACGACACACGUCCUCCACCCAUGGCACCCACAAUCACUCACAGCAUGCCCAUCAUAACCACUUCCCAGAGCCGCACAGAGGAGGGCAGUGGCCAUUUCAUGAACACUCUCAAGAGUGAUCUACAGCUGAGUGAGUCUGGGAGUGAAAGCGAUGAUGACUAAACGCAGUGACGGCCAAAAACCACAGUGGUGCGGGAAACUGGGCUGGAUUUGUCGAGAUGCCAAUAGAAGCAACUGUUGCCUAAAUCCAGUUCUAAACCAGCAUUUCCAUGAAGACAUUCUUCCCUCUUUUUCAUCAAUUUCGGUAGCAUUUUCAGUUUACAAAGCAGUGAAUUCCUAUACUGGUAUUUCUAUACUGUCUGUUUUGUUGAUUGCUACUGCAGAGAUUCUAGUUUACUUUAAGCCAUUGGAACCCUAUCAAAAUGAUUGCUGCCUUGAUGCAUCUAGAAGAAGGUUUUUUGUGUAUUAGUGUCUUAACUGUGAAAGGAAAACACUUUGGGAUUUUCUUCCGUGUAAAAGGAUUCUCAUGAUCGAUUGACUUUAAUAUCAUCCUUCAUUGUCUUGUUUCUUUCUUCUUCUUUUUUUUUUAAUCUUUUUUUUUUUCCUUUAAAGCCAAAUUCAUUUUCACCUGAAGUAGUUCAGCAAAAUAUUAAAGGUGGUCAAAGAGAACACCAGAGAAGUACUUGAAAGUGACACAUAUAGUUCUGCAUAAUUCAAUAGAAAUAUCAUGUCAAGCUCAGUGACUCAAUGUAUCUCUCAGACUGAGUUUGCCACUCUUAAACCUGCAAUACUUGAAUAUGUCUGUCUAACUAUUUAUGAAUUCUAUUAAAAUCAAUCAAAGUUCCUUUUGUUUUAGGCAGACUAUUUGAUCUUUAAGGAGUGCCUGAAGUCUUACUCAGAUCAUGUGCUUAUUAAAGCAGAAUUUAAGGCCUUAAAAUUACCCUGCUUUGUUUUGCUUUCUCACUAUAUUUUUUGAUUCCUUGCAGGGGUUACUGCCUACAGUGCAGUGUUUUCUUUGAAAAUUAAGUGUUAUCUUACAUUUAGGCCUCUGGCAGGCUAAACUGUAAAUGUAAGGGUGUCUUCGGGGCAAUUUCAAAGCACAAUACACAAAGAAAAAUAACACCAUUUUUGUUUCAGCAACAAAGGACUUAUCCAUGCAUUAAAUGUAGCCCGCAGCAACAAAAACCAUUGUCAUAAUCAAUUUAUGUAUACAUC